UUUUUUAAUCUGUCAAAUCAGAACCGUAGCCAUGUGCUAUUUAGUCUUUCCACGUGGCCUAAUCUCCACUCUUAUCCAACCAUCUCUCGACACCACAUCCGUACUCUCUCUCUCCCCCCACCCCCUCAGUCCACUUUCUCACGCCGUAGUCCGUCCCGUUCAUGUUCCAGACGGAAUUUACCGGCUCUACCCAAUCUCCAUACGCCUCCUAACCUCCUCCUUCUCGACGCUGUUCGUCGCCGGGGAACUGGGUUCCAGCAAAGAUUUCUACUUUUCAAAGGAAAAACAUCCACAGAGGGAGUGCAGAGAUCGGAUAUUGGUGGUGGUAUUUUAAUUCAUCGUACUCUAGGCUGUCUCUAGACACUGAAACACAGAGGUUUAUGUGUGUGGGAGAGAGAAAAGGAGGAGAAAGUGAGAAGAUGGGUUGGAAUGAGACUGAGGAAGUGGAGAGAUUGAGCAACAUGAUAUGGAUUUGUGAGGGUUUGGGGUUUAGGUGAAACAACCCUAAUUCCUUUUUAUCUUGAUGAUAUCUCUGCGGGUGUAAUGAUUAAUUUGCUUUCUAAGUUUGAGAAAUUGGGAGUUACUUGUAUGGGGAAUAGUAGUACUAUUCAAAGGAUUUAACUUUGUUAGAAUUUCCUUUCCUUUAGAGGUAAUUAUAUAUGGGAUGUGUGAGUGAGGCAUGGAAAAGAGGGACACAAAGAGAAAGAGACUGACAGAAGAGAGUGAGCACACGCAGGCAGUUGUAUGAGACAGCAUACCUUUGCGUGUGUGUGCUCACUUCUCUUCUGCCAGUGUUUCUUCCUCAUAAUCCCCUCUACCUUACCGCCGUAAUACAUUAGCCUCUUUUUUUCUUGUUUGUUUUAAUUCUAGAGUUAUAUGUGUGUGUUUUUCUGCAGUGCAUUAGCUUCCACGUCUUGUUUCUGCUUUUCAACUAUUUCUCAGAUGUCUUGCUUCACACCAUAAUCCGAAUGCCCAUCUUACUGCCUCAUUUCAUAAGCAGAAGAUCGGUUGCUUAAAUGAAAUGACACAUCAAAACAGGCUUUUCCAUCAUUACCAUUCUGUUGUUCUUUCCUAUCAAAACCCAUCCUCUCUCUUUAGGCUUUGUCUUUGAUUCUAUUUUAUGUGGGUUAAGGAUCUUAAUUAAGAGAACAAGAGUAG